CUGGUUACUUCCUUAUAGCACCCAGAUGACUUUGAUAAAAGCAACAGUAUCCGUAGACAGGCUGACCUCCACCCGGGAAGGCAAAGGGGCCCGCUCAGUCCUGCCUAGAUAAAACUUCCCGGUAAAGAUUUGGUGGGUCAAGUGCACCCUGCUCAAAACACCCUUUGGGCUUUCACGGCAGCGAAAAGACCAAACCUGAGAAAAACCGGUUGACUCUUAAGGAUGUCCAAAGGCAGGGUGAAGCUGAUCAUAACCGGAGAUGACUUCGGCUACUGCCCAAGGAGGAACCAAGGCAUUGUGGAGUGUUUUCUAACUGGUGCCAUCUCUAACGUCUCGCUUCUGGUCAACGGGAGUGCCGUGUCCGACGCCGUCCAGCUGGCAAAGAAACAUUGUAUUCCAAUAGGACUCCACGCCAACCUUUCCGAGGGCACGCCUGUUUGCCCAGCCCUGAAGAAAAAGUCCACGCUGCUGAACAAAGAAGGGUUCUUCCACGGAAAGAUGGGAAUCCGGACGAGUUUAAACAAAGGACUUCUUAAUAUGGCCGAGGUGAAGCAGGAACUAAAAGCACAAGUUGACUUGUUUCAUGAACUGACGGGCCAUUUGCCUCAUCACAUGGAUGGACACCAACAUGUCCAUGUUCUCCCAGAGAUCAGACAUGUAUUUGCGCAGGUGUUAGAAGAUUAUGGGAUCACCUACACGCGAGUUCCCAUUGAACCAGAUCUUCCACGCUGUGGUUGGAUAGAUCCACCUUUGAUGGACUUCUAUUUGGGAGUGGAGAAAGACUCAUUUAACACCAUGGAGGUCUUUCGGAAGCAUGGUAUAAGGUGGCCAGAUAUAUAUAUAGGACUCAGCACCAUGGGGAAAAACAUGUCUGUCCAGAGCAUCUUGGACGCGAUCGAUAACGCCACCGCAGCUUAUCUGGCAAAAGAGGAGCCGACGUCUCCUCUGCCACCUUCCGUUUUACGCCCCGGUCAAGGAAUCCGGGUGGUCACUCUUGAACUCAUGACUCACCCGGGCUACCCCAGUGUUCCGCCCGUCGGGGGCUGUGGGGAAGGUCCAGAUGACUUUUCUCAAUCGUGGGAACGCCUGCAUGAACUGGAGACCUUAAAGAACUCCGAGCUCCGGAGGCAUUACCAAAGCAGGAAUAUUCAGCUCUGUGCUUUCAAAGAUCUCGCCGUGUGACCAGCGGCGAAGGACGCUUCUGUUUUCACUGCGCCAUCGGUUAGGUUAAGCUGCUGGAUCUGUGGUGGUUCCAGGGGGAGCAGAAGACAUCCGAGAACUCUUUGCUCUCUCUGCAGGCAGAAGUAGACCCCCUCUGGGUUUUUCUGCCACCCGAGAAAAAGCAGAGGAAACUUUUGACCGUGAUGCAAAGAGCUGAGUCGGAUUUCCAGAAGUGGUCCUAGAAGCAGGAGAUGACGGAAUUUGGGCGGAGAACAAUCAUUCGACGUUGGGUUGAUCCACAUGUCAGCAUAGACCUGGAACCUUAGGAUGUGCUCGAAUACAGCGGAGGCCUCUGUCUGCUGACUUGGUCUGUUCUGUCUGGAGCCAUCCGUUAGUAAGAGGCAGAGCAAAUCUAGGUGAACUGGACCUUAAAAUGUUUAAUUCUCCACCAAUUUCAUGCUAAUAAAGAGCUGGAUUCUUAUAUCGGUGCACGUUGUGGAAAUGGACGUACACCUAAUUUUGCGACGUUUUUCCUUGGAAAUAGAAGCAGGAUCAGACCCAGCUGGUAUUUUUGAUGGGAGAAAAGGGCUGAAGCAAGUUGAAAAGAAAAAUCUUUUAAACAAGGACACGAACUAAGCAUUUCUGUCCUGUUUUCAAGAAAACAAAAUGGAGGUGCCUGUGAUGUCACCAGGAGUUGAACUCAACCCAGGGGAAUAGACAGAACCCAGAACAUGGGUGAAUUCAGUAACCCUGUUAAGUGUACUGUGUGAACAGUUAGUGUAUUCCAACAAUUAUAAGGACAGUUAUUUGUUUUAUUAAUUUAGCUAUUUGUAGAUAGUCUCAGAGAGACAUUGAUCUCCUCUGGCUCUAACUGAUUUCCUUUAGCUCUGGAUUAUUGUUUAAUAUGACAAUAACAGUUGGUAGUUUUUGUGCCAAUGGUACACGAAUCCAAGCUUUGUGGCUUGUUCAACAAAUCGCAAUUAAAA